GUGACACACUCGCACAUCACGCUUUUAAACGCUUCCGUGUGACUCCUCGGCUCUUCCUGUGUGUGUUUGUACCUCAGCGGCGGCGGCAGGAGUCCGUAACCGGAAUCAGUAUGUUAAUUAUCAGCAACAGGAUUAAAUUAUGCUCGCUCGCGUUUACCGCUGCGCGCAUGUACGCCACCGGAGCUCAAGCCAACAACAACCCGGUGGUGUUCUUCGACAUCGCGGCGGAUAACGAACCGCUCGGUCGAGUCACCUUCGAACUGAAUGCGGAUGUUGUGCCCAAAACAGCAGAGAAUUUCAGAGCUCUGUGCACCGGUGAACAUGGCUUCGGAUACAAGGGCUCCAUCUUCCACAGGGUGAUCCCACAGUUCAUGUGUCAGGGAGGAGAUUUUACCAACCACAACGGAACCGGAGGAAAAUCCAUCUAUGGUCCGAGAUUUGCAGAUGAGAACUUCAGACUGAAACACACCGGACCAGGUAUUCUGUCCAUGGCGAACGCUGGACCGAACACGAACGGAUCCCAGUUCUUCAUCUGCACAGUCAAAACAGAGUGGCUGGACGGGAGACACGUGGUGUUCGGCAGCGUUAAAGACGGAUUAGAUGUGGUGAGGAAGGUGGAGGCGCUGGGAUCUCGCUCGGGAAGAACCGCCAAGAGAAUCAGCAUCAGCGACUGUGGAGAACUCAAGUAGACUCACGAGUCACUGAGUCAUUUCACCGAGUCGCUUUCUACUGAUUCAUCGACUACUAAAUGUUCAGAAGGGCCAAAAGCUCCAUAAUGUGAAAUCUAGACACGUGUUUACUCACUCUCAUGUUGAUCCAAAGCUGUGUGAUGUUUUAUUCUUAUCUAGAACAAAAAAGGAGAAUUUUUAAGAAUCCUCACUCAAAAUGACUCUUUAUAGUGACUGAAAAGCAUAAUUUCACAAUGAACUGAUGUUGUACAGAAAAAGAGCAUCAUAUGGUUUGAAUCUCGGCAUUAGGGUGAGUAAAUGAUGUCAUAACUAUCAUUUUUGGGUGCUUUAUCCCUUCAAAGCAACAUCCACUGUGAAAAAGUCAUUUUAAACGUCAUUCUCAGGUAAUAUUGGUAAUAAUAACUGUGUUUAAUCUGGACUGAGAACACGUCGCAUCUGUUGACCUCUCGUUCUCAGAUUAUGAAUCAUGAUUGUGAAUCAUGGCCAGUGCUGCAGUGUUUAUCUGAGUUUGGGUAAUAAAGCCAAGAGCAAUAAGAAAUGA